AUGAACUGCACUCCUAAUGCCACUCUCCACGGUCCACAGCUCGGACUAGCCCUGAGCCCCGAGUCGGGAACGGGAUCGGGGUCAAACCAGGACACCACUGGGAGCCAGGGCGGAGGGACGGGUGGAGGUGGACUUUGGGUCACCUCUCUGCUCGGCAUCACUCUGAGCGUCAUGUGUGCUAUUGGAGUGCUGGGAAACCUCUACACUCUACUAAUAACGCGAUCCGCUGCUUUACGACGCACCGGAUCCAUGUAUGUUUAUAUUAUCAACCUAGCGUUAGCCGACCUCCUGUAUCUCUCCACCAUACCGUUUGUGGUCUGCACCUACUUCGCUCACGACUGGCUGUUCGGAGAGGCUGGAUGUAGGAUUCUUCUAAGUCUUGACCUACUCACGAUGCAUUCGAGUGUUUUUAUUUUAGUUGCAAUGAGCGCCGAACGGUACCGCGCAGUCGCUAAACCGUUCGUUGCACAUAGAUCAUCCUCCAGAAAUCGCAAAAUGGUCGCCGGUUUCAUAUGGGGCAUAUCCCUAAUCUUGACGCUACCAAUGAUGAUUAUGAUCCGGCUACGCGAAGGGAAACCCAACGUCGCAGGACUGGUUAAACGGAUGUGUUACCCAACUUGGACUGCAGAUGCUUUCAAAGUUUACAUCACAAUAUUAUUUAUAACCAGCGUCCUACUUCCUGGAUUGGUUAUCGUUGCGUUGUACGUGGGUCUCGCUCAGAGAUAUUGGGUGGUUCAAGCACGAUUAGGAGCAACUAACCGCUCUGCACGAAGACGAGGACUUAAACAGAAAGUUGUAACAAUGAUUUUUAGCAUUGUGGUUGCGUAUUGGGCGUGCUUUUUACCGUUUUGGGGUUGGCAGCUAGCUAAACUGUUCUCUCCAGAGCUGUUAAGAGCCCUGUCACCGGCCGCACACAAUUACAUCAACUUUUUUGUGACUUGUUUAACAUACGGGAAUAGCUGUAUCAACCCUUUCCUCUACACUCUCCUAACCAGGAAUUAUAAAGAUUAUUUGGCCCAGAAAAGCCAGUCCAAUGGUUCGAGUAGAGCAGAUCCAGGGUCAAAUGUCACACCCCUGCACGACCUGUAAAG